GAAGCGGGGUUGAGUGCAGUCGUUUUUUUGUUGCGCUGUCGAAACAGCCGAGCACCAAGGGCGAGAGGAAGAGAGGGAUGGACUCCGCUCCGUCAGAUGCUGGCUUGAAUUCUCCAUUGACUUGUCGCUGAUAGCUCGCUGCCAGAUGUGGGUGUCUGGGUGGACCUCGUUCUAUCGCUCCGUGUCUGAGCGUAAAGCCUAGUUCUGCUGCUUGUGGAUCUUUUAUUGUUAUUGCCCGAAAGGACCCAUCCCGCUAGCCUGACAAAAUGAAGCCUUUGUAUUUUUCAGUCAAUUAUACCUAAUACCGAUUAGUCGGUUUGGUACAAGGGGCUAAAGCGCUGCCUCGCUCGGAGGACCGUCAGGGACUCUCGCUACAUGUAGCUGGAUGUGUGGCGGCACAUCCUAUCGCCUUCCCCACGCCUUCUUUCUCGAGCUUUUUCCAAAAUGAAGAAAUUCAAUUUUCGCAAAGUUCUGGAUGGUCUGACCGCCUCUUCGCCCGGUGGCAGCGCUGGCGGUGGUGGGGCUGGCGGAGGCUCCGCGCAUCCCGGUGGGACUGCGGGCGCCGCGGGAACUCCUCGGGAGGAGGUCCAGGAAACGCUAACUUCGGAUUAUUUCCAGAUCUGUAAGACGGUUCGUCAUGGUUUUCCUUAUCUACCCACUGCCUUAGCUUUUGACCCAGUUCAGAAAAUUCUGGCAAUUGGGACAAGAACAGGAGCCAUACGAAUAUUGGGUAGGCCUGGUGUUGAUUGCUACUGCCAACACGAAAGUGGUGCCGCAGUCCUACAGCUCCAGUUCUUAAUCAAUGAGGGUGCUUUGGUCAGUGCAUGUGCAGAUGAUACGCUCCAUUUGUGGAAUCUCAGACAGAAACGACCAGCUAUCCUCCAUUCUCUGAAAUUUAACAGAGAACGAAUUACUUACUGCCAUCUACCUUUCCAGAGUAAAUGGCUUUAUGUUGGAACAGAGCGGGGAAAUACACACAUUGUAAAUAUCGAGUCCUUCAUUCUUUCUGGAUAUGUUAUCAUGUGGAACAAAGCAAUAGAACUAUCCACUAAGACUCACCCUGGGCCAGUUGUACAUUUAAGUGAUAGCCCAAGAGAUGAAGGGAAACUAUUGAUAGGCUAUGAAAAUGGGACUGUAGUAUUCUGGGACUUACGAUCUAAAAGAGCUGAUUUGAGAGCUUAUUAUGAUGAGGCUAUUCAUUCUGUUGCUUGGCACCAUGAAGGGAAACAGUUUAUGUGCAGUCACUCUGAUGGAAGCCUGACCUUAUGGAACCUGAAAAGUCCUAACAGACCUUUCCAGACCACAAUCCCACAUGGAAAAAUUCAAAGAGACGGAAAAAAACCUGAAUCCUGUAAACCAAUUCUUAAAGUGGAGUACAAAACCUGUAAAAACAGUGAACCAUUUGUGAUAUUUUCCGGUGGGUUGUCAUAUGAUAAGGCUUGUCGAAGACCAAGUCUAACGAUUAUGCAUGGGAAAGCAAUUACAGUUCUUGAAAUGGAUCAUCCUAUAGUUGAUUUUUUAACUCUUUGUGAAACCCCAUAUCCGAAUGAAUUUCAAGAACCCUAUGCUGUAGUUGUGCUUUUGGAAAAAGAUCUCAUUGUUGUUGACCUGACACAAAGCAAUUUUCCAAUCUUUGAAAAUCCAUAUCCUAUUGACAUUCAUGAGUCACCUGUCACCUGCACAGAAUAUUUUGCCGACUGUCCUCCAGAUUUGAUUCCUGUACUCUAUUCUGUAGGAGCAAAACAUAAAAAGCAAGGAUACAGCAAUAAGGAGUGGCCUAUCAGUGGUGGAGCAUGGAAUCUUGGAGCUCAGACAUAUCCUGAAAUCAUUAUUACAGGCCAUGCAGAUGGAUCAGUAAAGUUUUGGGAUGCUUCUGCCAUUACACUGCAGAUGUUGUACAAAUUAAAAACAUCAAAAGUCUUUGAAAAACAGAAGCCAGGGGAAGGAAAAGCAACAGCUGAGAUUGUGGAAGAAGACCCUUUUGCAGUUCAAAUGAUGUACUGGUGUCCUGAAAGCCGAAUUUUCUGUGUGGCAGGAGUUUCUGCAUAUGUGGUUGUUUAUAGAUUCAGCAAACAUGAAGUAAAUACUGAAAUUGCGUCACUAGAGGUACGACUUCAGUAUGAAGUAGAAGAUAUCAUUACUCCUGAACCGGAAAUAAUUCCUCAAUUUCCAGAUGCCUCUUCCCAGCUUCCUUCUCUAAAGAGUCUUUCAGGUAGUACCAACACUGUAGCAUGUGAAGGAAUGAUGAAGGACAGUAUCCCAUGUCUUAGUGUUAAGACUCGACCUGUGCGAAUGCCUCCUGGAUAUCAAGCAGAUCUUGUUAUUCAGUUGGUGUGGGUGGAUGGUGAGCCUCCACAACAGAUUACCAGUCUUGCUGUAAACUCUGCCUAUGGACUAGUGGCAUUUGGAAACUGCAAUGGUUUGGCUGUUGUGGACUUCAUGCAAAAGAGCGUACUACUGAGCAUGGGAACCCUUGAAUUGUACGGAUCGAGUGAUCCGUACCAACGCCAGCCCCGUUCACCUCGAAAAAGCAAGCAGUUUGCUGCAGACAACUUUUGCAUGCGUGGCCUGUCUAACUUUUAUCCAGAUUUAACGAAACGGAUCCGUACUUCCUAUCAGAGCCUGACUGAACUCAGUGACAGUCCAGUUUCCCUGGAGCUAGAGCGUUGCAAGUCUCCCACUUCAGUUAAAGGAUCAAGAAAGUUAAGUCUGCCAACAGAUCUUAAGACUGAUCUUGAUCACGUGAAUGGUCACUGUACAAGCCCAACAUCCCAGAGCUGCAGUUCAGGAAAACGACUUUCCAGCGCGGACGUCUCAAAAGCAAACCGCCGAGGGCCCGGGAGGCCCCCCUUUAGAAAAGCACAGUCUGCAGCCUGCAUGGAGAUUUCCCUCCCAGUCACCACAGAAGGUUACAUUUCCAGACGGGCAGUGCUUCAGCAAUUACACGGAAUCAGUUCAUUCUCACACGACGAGCGUCACUGUACUGCUCACACAUGGAUGAACAAAGAAAACCGAGAAAACUCCUUCAGCCGUUCCCGAAGCUCCAGCGUGUCGAGUAUUGACAGGGACUCCAAGGAGGCAAUCACAGCCUUGUACUUCAUGGAGUCCUUUGCCCGAAAGAAUGACUCUGCUGUCUCCCCAUGCCUCUGGGUUGGAACAGGCCUUGGUAUGGUCUUAAUCCUCUCUCUUAACCUGCCUGCCAGUGACGACUUACGGCAGUCAGAGCCGGUCAUGGUGUCACCGAGUGGCACAGUUCUGACACUGAAAGGAGCCGUGCUGACUUUCGCCUGCUUGGACUGCACAGGGACAUUGAUACAUCCACCUUAUGAAGUAUGGAGGGACCCACACAGUGCUGAUGAUGGUGAAAAAACAAGGAAAAGAAAACUUGUCAUGCAUUCCCCUUCAUCCUCCCAGGAUAUGGGUGAUCAUCAAUUUGCAGUCAUUUGUUCAGAAAAACAAGCCAAAGUCUUCUCAUUGCCUUCCCAAACAUGUCUUUAUGUCCACAACAUCACCGAAACGUCCUUUUUAUUGCAAGCAGAUGUGGUCACCCUCUGUAACAGCGUCUGUCUGGCGUGCUUUUGUGCCAAUGGGCACAUCAUGACACUGAGCCUGCCCAGCCUUCGCCCACUGCUGGACAUCAACUAUCUGCCUGUAACGGAUAUGAGGAUAGCGCGGACCUUUUGCUUCAGUAACGAAGGGCAGGCUUUGUACCUCAGCUCUCCCACUGAGAUCCAGCGCCUCACGUACAGCCAGGAGAUGUGUGACAACCUGCAGGACAUGCUUGGGGAUUUGUUUACUCCCGUGGAAACACCAGAAGCCCAAAACAGAGGCUUUCUUAAAGGGCUUUUUGGAGGAAGUGGACAAGCUUUCGACAGAGAGGAGCUUUUUGGUGAGGCCACGGCAGGAAAAGCCUCUCGCAGUCUCGCCCAGCACAUCCCUGGAUCAGGUGGAAUUGAAGGUGUGAGAGGAGCUGCAGGAGGAGUCAUUGGGGACUUGACUCGCGCUCGUAUUGCUCUUGAUGAGAGAGGACAGAAACUGGGAGAGCUGGAUGAAAGGACCGCGAGCAUGAUGGCCAGUGCAGAGGCAUUUUCCAAACAUGCACAUGAGGUGAUGCUGAAAUACAAGGACAAAAAAUGGUACCAGUUUUAAACUUCUAAAGAAUCUGCUUGUGGCUUUGUUCAGAACACUGCUGAGGGAAGCAACGUUCAUUCCCAAAUCUAUCAGUCAUCAGCCAGAAACAAUUUUUUCUCCUAGAAGAUGUUUUCCUCUUACUGUGUUGGAAUCAUCGCAGUGGGCGUCAAAGAAAUCUUCCAGAACAUGAGUUGGAAACUGGAGUCAUGGGGGCUUUUAUGGCAGCAACUGGUUUAUGCAGUAGCCAGUCUUUCCCAAAAGGAACUCAACCAUCACUGUGGCAUGUAGCUUUUCAGAAGCUGUAGGUAUGAACUGUGGGGAGCCGUGUCUGAUUAAAAAUACUCUGUAAAAACUCGAAUGUUAAUGCACUUAGAAAACUUUGCAUGGUUAAUUGACAUCUUGAAGAAAAAA